AUGGACACUCACUUCAUAUACAUUUUUCAGAAGUUCCUCGCUAGUUGGCUGAAAGCGCUCGUACUGCGCAUGAAGAGCUCCAGUGGAUGGCUUCUGUUUUCGGUGUACUUCUCUUUGUUCCUGGACAGCGCCCUUCUCACAGCCGUCGUGCCAAUACUUCCUGAUUACAUAUACCACCUGGAACACGGGGAAGGAUCGGACCUGGGGCGUCUGAACCAGAGCGUUCGGUCGGCCAACGAGACGAGUGCACACCGACGGAACGUUAGCAGUUUGGUGAGCGAGAACGGCAAAGUGGGCCUCAUGUUCGCCUCCAAAGCUCUUGUGCAGCUUUUCUCGAAUCCAGUCACUGGGACAUGGACAAAUCGGGUCGGCUAUAGAUUGCCCUUAUUUCUGGGAAAUAUUGUGAUACUUGCUUCCUGCUUGUUAUUUGCUUUCGGAGAGACAUUUCCGGUGUUGUUCCUCGCCAGAGCCAUUCAAGGAGUAGGCUCUUCGUGCAUCACAGUUGCCGGGCUCGGUGCUGUGGCGAGUCUUUAUCCAGACGACAGUCGUCGCAGCAAAGUGAUGGGCUUCACGCUGGGCGGCGCUGCCUUGGGCGUCCUCGCCGGUUACCCCUACGGCGGAGUCCUGUACGACUUCGUGGGAAAGACGACUCCUUUCGUCGUUUUGGCCUCAUUUAGCAUCGUUCUUAGCGUGCUGUGCGCCCUGCUUGCCCUGCCCACCCACGAGGAAACGAUCGUCGACAUCGUGCAAAGGCUGAGAUUUGUGAAACUUCUAUUCCAGCCCUUGUUACGCCAAGUGUCUUCUCUCACACUCCUUAUGGAUCCCUACGUACUUAUUGUCACUGGCACUAUCGGAGUGUCUACGUCUGCCAUCGCCAUCUUGGAGCCAUGUCUACCCAUCUGGCUUAUGGACGCCCUUGCUCCAUCCAAGUGGCAACUGGGGACCGUAUUCAUACCGGACAGCUUGGGAUACCUGAUUGGAGCCAAAUUCUUCGGAAGCUUGACUUUGGCGCUGGGAAGAUGGCGAAUGGCUUUUGUUUGCAUCGUGCUGGUUGCCCUGUCGGCUGCGUUGAUUCCCGAGGCUACGAGUAUGCUGUACCUUGUUGUCCCUCACUUCGUGCUAGGCCUGGCCAUCGGAAUCAUCGACGCUGCUAUGAUGCCCCUACUCGCCCUGUUGGUGGAUUCGAGACACGUGGCGUCAUACGGUACCGUGUACGCCAUUGCAGAGACAGCCGUGAGCUUCGCCUACUGUUUCGGACCAGGCGUGUCGGGCUACCUGGUGAAGGCGAUCGGAUUUCCGUGGGUCAUGCGCUCCGUGGCCAUGCUCAACCUGCUCUACUGCCCGCUCCUCCUCUUGCUGCGCAACCCUCAACUCGAGGAAGAAAAAAAUGCAUUGGUCAUGAACCGGCCGGCAUCGUCCAACUACGAGGCUGUGAAAGCCGCUGGCGGCGCAUACACCCGCUUCAACGGCGAGACCGAGGACGAGUAAGGUCUCAUCACCGCCGUCAACCUACCAGGGAAAAACCUGCUAAUCCUUUCAAAUUCAAGGACCAAGAGGACCUGAGGAUGGUGUACGUCGAAAACU